AUGUGUGAUCCGCUUGCUAAAGAUGAUGAAGAUAAAUCAAUGCAAGAAAGGCAAGAUCUCUUAACUGGAGCGUCGUCGUUUUCAAGGGGAGCGUGUAAAAAAACAUGGGAUGUAAAGACAAAGGGUGAUGAACUCGAGACUGACGACGGAGGGAGGCAGGGUACGAUCCCUCAUGAUGGAGGAGGAGAAGGAAAGUGGCAGGGCCUUCAGCCACUGGUGGUGGGCUCUGGCCAGUGGUGCCCAGUUGGGUUGGGUCGUUUUGUCGUACAGAAGAGGCUGUGCCGGGCAAUCAGUCCUCAUGACCUUAAAAGCCUUCGCUGUUGCCUCCCUCUUCGUCGGCGCCGGUGCCUCCGCCUCCAUAUCAGUGCUACAUGCCUCCGGCAUCUACAAGGUGCACUGGAGCCUAAAUGCGAGGAGUUAAUCAUUGACAUUCCACCAAUUGAGGAAUGGCCCAAGUGCUACAUUUACAAGGUUCCCAAGAAGCUUCAUAUGGUAAAGGAAAAAGCCUACACUCCUAAGUCAGUUUCAAUUGGCCCAUUUCAUCACAAGCUUCAAGAAUCGAGGGGCGUGAAAAUGCAAAAACUGAAAUAUUUAAAGAAAUUUUGUUUGCGGACCGGGAAGAGCCAGAAGGAUCUUGCAAGCAUCAUUGAGAAAAAAGAAGAAAAAAUCCUUACGCAAGAGUCACAUUUGAGUGAUGUAUGCUUCUCUUACGUCAUUGAAUGUAACGUUUCCCUUGGCAUUCAUUUAUUUCACAGAAAACUAGUUUUCUGUGAAAUAAAGACUUUUCUUAGCUCCCAUUAGUUGGGACCAUGUGUUUAUGAUCUACUUGUUUUUUUUUUUUUUUGAAUAGGAAUGAUCUACUUGUUGGUUUGUUGGAGGAUGGAUAUUGUUAUUUCAACACCAAAUAUUUGCAGG